UUUCCUUUCUUCCCAUCUCUUAUAUACUGCUCCAUUUUUCCUUUUUUCCCUUUUCUCCUUUUAUUUUCCUUUUCCUUCUACCUUUCCAAGCCCGUCAUUGCUACGUGAUAAUGGCUUAAGUUACGCGGUAACCUGACAGCAGAUAAAGCCAAUCAAACAAGAAAAGCAGACGAUCAAAAUCUAAGUGAAUACACUGCUAUUACACGCGCUAAAAACUUAUAAUAGUAAUGUUUUUUUCAGUUCUUAUGUUUUUGUUCAUUCCAAAUUUUUUAAUUGAAUUUGAUAUAUAAAUGAGUGCUGCUUUUAACCCAUGUAAAGUAGUUUAUACUAAUUGAUUUUUAUAUAGUUAUAUACGAAGGCUCCUUCCUCUCAAGAGAGGAAAACUGCAGUAUCUUUGUGUAAGUAUUUUUGUGGUUAGAGUUAGCAAUUGACAAAUCCUUGAUUGUUAGUCUAUAAUGUAAUUCAUCUUUGAUUUUAAUAAGUCAUUUAAUUUUUUACAGGGUUUAGAUGUAUUAAUUUAGUUAAACGGCUUCAUGUAUCUUUAGAAACGUUGUUACACACAAUUACUAUUAUGACUAGAAAUAAAACAGAUUCUAAUAGAAGACAAGGAUUAGCUUGGGAAAAUAAUUUGUAUUUCAAACUCCUUACAAUUAUUGAUCAGGAGAAUGUGUCAGUAGACGCCAACACUCAUUGUAUUUCUAGUGAGCUAUUAAUCAAAUGGAGCGAAGCAGUUUUUCCUAUUUAUGGAAAAAGAAAAGCCUAUCAAGAUAAGGUCAAAUUAUUUUUAGAAUACUAUUUUGAAGCUGUUGCAGCAGAUAUUCCAAAGUUAAAAAAUCAAGCCAAUUUAGUUAAUGCGCCUGCACUACAAAGCUGGUUGGAUUACAAAGAGAGCCUGGGGAAAUGUCUCUGUUUACCAAGUAUAAGGCAGUGCGUUGAAAGGUUUAUGCAAAAUCCUGACGACAAACUUUCUGCAACUGUGAAAAAAUACAUUUUACAUCAAAUGUACGGAUUGAGAGAAAAUGAUACCAUAGAGGAAUGGCAAAUGAAAAAAUUAAAUAACUGCUUGUGGUUUAACAGAAAUGAAAUUGAAAGAGUCUGCAUUCUGUCUGUAACACACGAGAUACCGUUGUAA